UCCGAACGGUGAGGAACUCCGGCGACGUGCCACCUGUUAAAGCUGCCCUGUAUAGUCUUCGACCGAGCAAAUAGAAAAAAAAAGAAAAAGAAAAGAAUAUACGGCACCCUCUUUUUUCUCUCUUUUUCUAUCUCUCUUUUUGCCUAUCUAUCAUCUAUCCAUUGAUCUAUCUAUCUAUAUAUCCAUCUUUAUCUUUGACUAUUUUCGGUGAUCCGUUCCUCUUAUCUCGUUUCGAACGGAAAAGUUCGAAGUGGAGAACGCGACCUUGAAGGACGUAUCGAUCGAAGGAUAAAAAGAAGAGGAGAAGGAAAUAAGUAUUGACCGACAAAAGGGGAUAGAAGAAAUCUUCGAUAGAUUCUACGUGGAAAGUUGACAUUCUUCUUUCGUUCAUUCUAUUCUGAAAGCUGUUACUUCGAAGGAGAGCUUCUUCGCUAGGAAAAAGGGGAAUUGAAAAUUCUUCGAAAAAUCAACGGAGAUCGAUUCUGUGAGUGCAUAAGGAUGAUCUUAAUUACUAUCCUAGUAACAUCAGCAAUGAUCACUAUGACGCGUUCUGCGCCAGCCGCACAUCUUCCAAAGGAAACUGGAGAUUUUCCUGAAGUACUUUGGCUCAUUAAUCAGCGAAUGCCAGAAUUAGAGAGAGAGAUGUACGAAUCGAACAACGAUCCUAACCCAACGAUACUCAGGACAAAAAGGAUCGGUUCUUUGUCGAUCGUAAAUAAUCUCGAUGUUCUCAGAGAAAGAAUACUUUUGGAAUUAGCUCGUAGAAAGGCUUUGCAAGAUCAACGACAAAUCGAUGCUAACAGACGGAUCCUCGAUACGAUCGGUAAGAGAUCGGUAUCAGCUUACGAGGAUUACACACCAUCAUCUCGUUCUAGAACUUCAGAAAGGAUCUACGAUUGGCUCAAUGAAAAUGACUCGCUUCUUGGAAAUCGUCAUAGCAAUCAAGAACGCAGGGUAGCAAGCAACGAACUUCUCUGGUUGUAACCACAUGCGAACCCAUCGAAGAAAACUAUCGAAUCCAGAUUUGGCAGGCCCUCUCGCUUUUCCAAGUUUUACGAGCCGCAAAUUUUUUUCUCCCCAUUUGUCCCAUUACGAAUUCUUCUUAUAGAGCUUUUACCCGAUCUAUCCGUCUCGCGCGUUUCUCAGGUUCUAAUAGGCAGCUAUAAUAUAGCGUGACGAUCGAUAAAAAAUACAAAAAAAAAAAAUAAAAAAAACACAAAAAAAGAACAAAAAAAAAGGAAGAAAAAGUGAAGAAUAUCAUGAGCACAAUAAUAUCAGCGAAAUUUCAAGGUUACAUUCGCAAGGUCAAUUUUUAAAGACGACUCAAUCGCAAUGUAUACGAGUCGUCAAAACGAAACAGUAUUAUAUUUUGUGAUCUUUUCUUUAUAUUAAUUAUUUUAUCAUUUCUCUAAUGUUUACGAUAAAUACCAUAUUGUUGUUUUGUUUUUUUUUUGUUCUCCUCUUGGCUAGACCAAAAAAAAAUAUCGUUUCGUUGUUAAAUAACUCAUAAUUUUAUUUCAUAUAAUUUAAUUAUUCGAACCAUUGAAGAAUUGAACUUUACACUUUCGUCGCCGCAAUUAUUCAUCCCCUAUAAUACGAUUAAUCAUUAUUUAUUUGUAUAACUAUAAUAUUCUCUAUUUAUACUAGUUUGAUAAGACAUUCAAGUUUGUGUUAAAUAUUAUCUGUAGUAAUCUUCGAAAAUAGAUUUUACUCUUUUAAAGUUUAUGUCCGUUCUAGUUUUAUUAGGAAAGUAAAUUGAUAAAAGAUGUAAUUAUGCGUUUGCUAUAAUGAAAAACUUUGAAAAAAAGAUAUAUAUAUAUAUAUAUAUAUAUAUAUAUAUAUAUAUAUAUA